AUGACCACUCUCAACAGGAAGACAAUGAUCCCCCCAAAGAGUACGAUCCUGGGCAAUUUGCAGGCCUUCUUCAUGGUUCUUCUCCAGCCUGUGAGUCCCCUGAAAAUCCAUUUCAUCUCUAUGGGAAAAGAGAUCAAUGUGAAGAAAGACAAGAUGAAGUCACUUUGGCAAACAGUCCUUUGCCUUUCAAGCAGACUCCAAUAGAAAAUAACUCAGAGCCUUCAGUAAAGAAAGUUAAACCCAAAGUGGUCAGUAGAACAAUUUUUCACAAAAGAAGCAACCAGCUUGAGAACCAUACCAUUGUUGGCACAAGAACAUCCAGGAGCGGAUCCCGGAAUGGGGACCAGUGGGUUGUGAAUACAGGGGGAUUUGUGGAAAGAGCAUGUACUCUGGGGAGAAUAAGGUCAUUGCCUAAAGCCCUGCUCGACAUGCAUUUGUCCAAAACUGUCUCUAAAUCCGACUCUGAUCUCAUCGCCUACCCUUCAAAGGAGAAAGCAUCAAGAGUUAAUUGGAGUGAAUCCUCAACUGCUGAACGUAGUUCUAAAGAGAAUUCUGAAAGAACACCAUCGUUCACAUCGGAAUGGGAGGAGAUUGACAAAAUAAUGAAUUCCAUUGAUGUUGGAAUCAACAGUGAACUUGAAGAAAUGAACGGACCCAGAUGCCCUGUCCAAACAGUGGGACAAUGGUUGGAAAGCAUUGGGCUACCUCAGUACGAGAACCACCUGAUGGCUAAUGGAUUUGACAAUGUGCAGUUUAUGGGAAGCAAUGUUAUGGAAGAUCAGGAUCUGUUGGAAAUUGGAAUCCUUAAUUCUGGACACAGACAGAGAAUUCUACAGGCAAUCCAGCUCCUUCCAAAGAUGAGGCCCAUUGGUCAUGAUGGCUACCAUCCCACCUCUGUAGCUGAGUGGUUGGAUUCCAUUGAGCUGGGCGACUACACCAAAGCCUUUCUCAUUAAUGGCUACACAUCGAUGGACCUUUUGAAAAAAAUCUGGGAAGUUGAACUUAUUAAUGUUUUAAAAAUCAAUUUGAUUGGCCACAGGAAACGCAUUUUGGCAUCUCUGGGAGACAGACUGCACGACGAUCCUCCACAGAAGCCCCCUCGGUCCAUCACCCUCAGGGAACCCAGUGGUAAUCACACUCCUCCUCAGUUGUCUCCAUCACUUAGCCAAAGCACUUACACCACUGGUGGCUCCCUAGACGUUCCUCACAUUAUCAUGCAGGGCGAUGCAAGGAGGAGAAGAAAUGAAAACUACUUUGAUGAUAUUCCCCGAUCAAAACUGGAGAGGCAGAUGGCUCAGCAGUCGUCUGUCUGUGAAAUAUGGACGAAUCAGAACGCUGGAUUUCCUUUCUCAGCGAUCCAUCAGGUUCAUAAUACAGGAGACUGGGGAGAACCUUCCAUCACCUUGCGACCUCCAAAUGAAGCCACAGCCUCAACUCCAGUCCAGUACUGGCAGCACCACCCGGAAAAACUCAUCUUCCAGUCCUGUGACUACAAAGCUUUUUAUUUAGGUUCUAUGCUGAUAAAAGAGCUCAGGGGGACAGAAUCAACCCAAGAUGCUUGUGCAAAAAUGCGGGCUAACUGUCAGAAGUCUACAGAGCAAAUGAAGAAAGUCCCUACGAUUAUUCUUUCCGUCUCAUAUAAAGGAGUCAAAUUUAUUGAUGCAACAAAUAAGACUUCCUCACUGGACCCACUCCACUUUGGAGAAGCAGAAUGGAAACUCAUCAAACAGAACAUAAUUGCUGAGCAUGAAAUUCGUAAUAUCUCCUGUGCUGCCCAGGACCCAGAAGACCUCUCGACAUUUGCUUAUAUCACAAAAGAUUUGAAGUCCAAUCAUCACUACUGUCAUGUGUUUACUGCUUUUGAUGUGAAUUUAGCCUAUGAAAUCAUCCUAACACUGGGACAGGCAUUUGAGGUCGCUUACCAGCUAGCACUCCAAGCAAGAAAAGGGGGACAUUCCUCCACGCUUCCAGAAAGCUUUGAAAACAAGCCUUCCAAACCCAUCCCCAAGCCCCGUGUUAGCAUUCGCAAGUCAGUGGCUCAGCAAACGUCCUGUCCCAACAGGGUGGUAUGACUUCAAAGCGGCCUCCUCUGAUAGUAGCAACACCCUAAAGCUGGAAGCUUCCCAGCCAGCUUCCCAUCUGCUUUCUGCUCCAGCUACCAUCCUGCAUCCUAGAAACCCAGGGACUGGCACUGGAUGGGCCCCCAGAAUGCAUUGCCCUCUCACCUCCCAGUCUCUCCAUCUGCCACACUCUCCUCCUCCCAAGGGCUCCCAGCCAGCCCCAGGUUCAUGGGAAAAUUAACUUUUUGGUUGUUUUGGUUUUUCAGUUUUUUGGUUUUUGAGACAGGGUCCCCCUGUAGCCUCAGCUGACCUGUAACUCACUAUGUAGACCAAGCUGGCCUGGAUCUCAGAGAUCAGCCUGCCUGUGCCUAUGCCUUGGGAGUGCUGGGAUUAAAGGUAUGCACCUCUAUGCACAGAGGAAAUAAACAUUUUAAACCUCCACAGAGAGGCAUUCCCCUUGGUGACCAUGUGGCUUCUCUUUUAUGUCUUUCCGGCCCCACUCCUGUCUCAGUUCUUGGUACCUUCCAUCAGUAUCUGAUCUCUUCAUCCCCCAAGUUUCCUCCUGAAUCCCAGGAAGGAGCUUUCCUCAACCCUGACUAGUCAUCACCAGUGGCUGUGCCUCUUCUGAAGCUCCCACACCCCAGUACUCCCACCUCAGCACCUCCUCAGCUUAAGCUCCCAGUUCUCUGUCUCAGUCUUUACCCACCCUUAGAACUCUAGAGGCACCUGUUCAGUUUGUUUUUAACUACUUCUACCUUCAAGUAUAGAUAAUGCAAACAAACAACGUAAACAAAAACCACCUUGCUUCUCUCUCUGUCUUCCCAGCCCAGUUAGCAGCACAACUCUUCAGAGUCCAUUUUCCACUCCUUCGAAAUGUACUGUAGUCUGCCCACACCUCUCCACUUCCAACUUCGUUCUCUUAGUCUAAGCUCCCACCACUUCCCAGGAAGCACACUAUUCCCAGUGACUCCCUUUCUCCACAGGGCAGGGAUCAGAUCAUGGCACCCAGAAAAUGCCAGAACUUCAUUUCUCACCACACUCCUGGAUGCCCAAGCCUUCCCUUUCCUUGAAUAUAUACACUGCACACUCACUCCUACUUGAGAUCUUUGUGCUACCUGUUCCCUCCACCUGGAAUGUUCUCUCCCUUUCUCAUCCUGAUCUCUACAUGGCUCACUCCAUUCAGGUCUCAGCAGCAUGAACAGGCUUUUUCUGACUCCCUUUGACCAGGAUGGAUGCCACUGUGCCCCCUUUAAUUCUGUGUAGAACUGACUGAGUUUGUUUGUUUUUAGUUAUUUUUACUGCCUAUCUUCCUCCACAAAAAUAUUAGCUUCACGAAGCACACAGGAACCUGGUGUAAUGUCACCCCAGGGCCAGGGCCAUAGCCGGCACUCAGAGAAAACCUGUGGUUGAAGAAAUGAGGGCCUGAGGGUGGAUUUAAUGCAUGUAUCUUUGAAAAUGAUUAGGCUGCUAAGUGUCCAGGAAGGCACAGCAGGUUUGGGGGAUUGUCACUUAGACUACUAUAUUCCCUCUUGUGUGGGCAGGAUAAGUCUGUUCGCUGCAGGUGCCUCCCCCCAGCUUUACUGUGGUCCCCGUAGACUUCUUCCAGAAGAACACAAAGGGUUUGGUGCCAUACGGACUCAUAGAAUAUUCUUCUAGAUGUCUUCUCUGGGAAACAGGAGAACACACAGUGAACAAUGCUAAUGUUUUUACCUGCCUCAGGAUCCAACCCCUUCAACAGGCUGAAAUGUUCCCAUUUCUUCAGCUCUCGUUGUUUACUGUUAAGAAAUACACAGUGCUCCUAAGACUGUGUGAAGCCCUUCCCUCAGCCAGUGGAGACACAGAAAGGCAGUGGUAGGCACAGGUUCUGCAGCCCUCCAGCAGGCUGGGAGGCUGGUGGAGGGAGACUUGGGCAGACCUUCCAGAAGCUCCCUGCCCCAAGUUACAGAGCGAAGCAGACAGCCAGACAGGUCAACAGUGGAACUCCCCCAAAGGAUGAGGCAGCAGUUGGGAAACGGUCUUACCUCGGGCCUGUCAGAGCUUACAGCUCAGCUGCAGCCCAGGGAAUGACCAGCUUGACAUUAUAUGAAGCGCAGGGACUCAGCCAUCUGCUAGCAGGACAAAAGUCCACCUAGGCCUAGCCUGGCAGCCCCUGCUGACCUCUUCCACUGUCGCCCAUCCACCCCCUCUCCCACUCUGACAUGCCCCCCCCCCGGAUCUCCACCUGCCUUCUGUCCACCCCAGUGUCCCUCCUCCCUCCUUCUCCUGCCCAAUCUAUCAACUGUGUUUACUGACUCAAGUGUUUGUUGUGUUCCUACCAUGCCUGGGGUUACCAGGAGCUUUCCUAGGUUAGGAAGAAAACAGCAGUGAAGGAAACAGCUAAAAGCCCUUCUUCAUGGGUGUCCAUUGUGGAGAGGGAACAGAUAAGGAUGUCUGUGGCACCGGUGUUAGGAACAGAGAAGAGGGGAGCAAAAAUGUUGGCGUGCUCUUUAGUGGAGGGCGCGGCAGGUUACAGCUUCUAGGAAGGGAAGUGGUGCUGGAGCCCAGACCUGGACCACACUGGAACAAUGAACUCAACCUCAGGGCAGAGGUCUCAGAAAGGCAGCAACGCAGGUCCCCCAUGAGGACCUAGGGUUCCCUCGGACCGUGAUGAAUCCGCUGGAGGGUGGGACGCGGGAGCCCCGCCGCUGCGUCUGCUCCCCUGCCUGAGCCCUGGCGGCGAGGCCGGGUCUCACUCGCGUCACCC